GAUUGUAAUAUAGCUAGCUAAUGGUGUUGGUGCUAAUUGCUAGCUAAUGAAUGUAUAGCUGAUUGCGGCGAUGGUAUCUUUAAGCUAUUGUGAUACGAAUUGGGACAUCCGAAUUGUCUCUAACACCAUAACGUUGGUAGCCGUCUGUGUUGUACGUUUUUUUUUUCCCGAACUACAAGAACGUCUAAUGCUAACUUUGGUCAUUUAACCACAUAACUUGAUGGUAGACGGAGAGCUUUCCUUACAAAAAAUAUUUAACAAAUAAUAGUAUAACAUAUAAUAGUUAUAUUUAACUAUAAACUUACUCUUUCUGAUUGUCAGGCUUGUCAAUAACGUAUUUAGCUUGGACAUGUCAGCGCCCAGUAGCACUAUUUAGGUAAUUUACAGUCAAUGCUGAUCUUGGCAAGCUUCAAUGUUCGCUUCCUAUGCACUAGUUGAGUCAUUUAUUUAACAUUAGUUAUAUUAUUUCAGUGCCAACAAAUGUGGAAAAUGUGCAUAGGUGUGUUAGUUAGCUGGCUGUCGAUCGUUAUCCAAGCAAACAUUCGUUUGUGUUUGUCCAGCUGCUAUUUCCGUGUUGUGUAGCUAAUCAAUAUAUCGACCAUAUUAUGCGAACUGACUGCAGGGAAGCAGUUUUAGGUUUGCUGACGGAGGCGAAAGCAGCAGAUAAGAUGUGCCGACUGUUGGGAAUUUUUUUUUUUUUUUUUUUUAAUGCGUUUCAUGUGAUCCUGUUUUGACAGCGUAAGAGUGCUAAAAGCUUGCUGUUUUUGUUUGCUGACCAGUGUGUCAUUUGCUCAGCAAGUUCAGUUGCACAGUUGCAUUUGGGAAAAACGGUAGCAAACUUUAUAUCAAAUGAAACCGCUAGCCUAGCUAAAUACCAGCUGUUAACCAGCCAUCGUGUAGCGCAAUAGCAUUUAAUUGUUCCAUAUUAAGGGUGAGGCUGUGUUUGCGUACUAGGUCUAAGAAUAGUCGUUUGACGAAUAUUCUCAUGGCUUGCCAACAUCGUUACCUGUCAAGCAGGUUUUUCUGACGUUUACUUGCAAUUCUCCGUCACCGCUGAGACGACUAUAAAAGUCAAACCGUCUCUCUUAAGUGCAGAUAAGCAGUACGCGCUCUAGAGGAUUAACUUAUUCACCUUUCGCGACUACCUCAAAAUUCUGGUACAGCCCUCAUGGCGACGUACCAGGAGUUCAUCCAGCAGAAUGAGGACAGGGAUGGGGUGCGCUUCAGCUGGAACCUGUGGCCCUCCAGCAGGCUGGAGGCCACCCGGCUGGUGGUGCCGGUGUCCUGCCUCUUCACCCCGCUGAAGGAGCGUCCGGACCUGCCCCCCGUGCAGUACGAGCCUGUCAUGUGCGGCCGCACCACCUGCAAGGCCGUGCUCAACCCUCUGUGCCAAGUGGACUUUCGAGCCAAGUUAUGGGCGUGCAACUUCUGCUUCCAGAGAAACCCUUUCCCACCGUCCUACGCGGGGAUAUCGGAAGUGAAUCAGCCGGCUGAGCUCAUGCCUCAGUUUUCCACCAUCGAGUACAUCAUGCAGCACGGCCCCCAGUCCCCCCUGGUCUUCCUGUACGUGGUGGACACCUGUCUGGAGGAGGACCUCCAGGCUCUGCGCGUCCUGCAGAUGUCCCUGAGUCUGCUGCCGCCCAACGCCCUGGUGGGCCUCAUCACCUUCGGCCGCAUGGUGCAGGUCCACGAGCUCAGCUGCGAGGGCAUCGCCAAGAGCUACGUCUUCCGGGGCACCAAGGACUUCACCGCCAAGCAGAUCCAGGAGAUGCUGGGUUUGACGCAGCCAACACAACAGGCGCCGCAGGUCCGUCAGCCCGUCAAUACAGAGACACCUGUGGCCUGCAGGUUCCUGCAGCCCGUCCACAAAGUGGACAUGAACCUGACCGACCUGCUGGGGGAGCUCCAGAGGGACCCCUGGCCCGUUCCCCAGGGCAAGAGGCCCCUGCGUUCCACCGGCAUCGCGCUGUCCAUCGCCGUGGGGCUGCUGGAGGGCACCUUUCCCAACACUGGGGCCCGUGUGAUGCUCUUCACUGGCGGGCCCCCCACCCAGGGCCCCGGCAUGGUGGUGGGGGAGGAGCUGAAGACCCCCAUCCGCUCCUGGCACGACAUCCAGAAGGACAACGCCCGGCACCUGAAAAAGGCCACCAAGUAUUACGAAGCUUUGGCUAACCGCGUAGCUGCUAACGGGCACUGCAUCGACAUCUACGCCUGCGCCCUGGACCAGACUGGGCUUCUGGAGAUGAAGUGCUGCUCCAACUUCACCGGGGGCCACAUCGUGAUGGGCGACUCCUUCAACACCUCCCUCUUCAAGCAGACGUUCCAGCGCGUCUUCAGCAAAGACUACAACGGAGAGUUCCGCAUGGCCUUCGGCGGGACCAUGGAAGUGAAGACCUCAAGGGAACUAAAGGUCUCUGGGGCCAUCGGGCCCUGUGUGUCUCUGAACAACAAGGGGCCCUGCGUUUCGGAGAAUGAAAUGGGGAUCGGUGGCACCAGCCAGUGGAAGAUCUGCGGCCUCACCCCCAGCACCACGCUGGCCUUGUACUUCGAAGUCGUGAAUCAGCACAACGCCCCCAUCCCGCAGGGAGGCAGAGGGGCCGUCCAGUUCAUCUCGCACUACCAGCAUUCCAGCACUCAGAGGCGCGUGCGCGUCACCACCGUGGCCAGGAACUGGGCCGACGCACAGUCUCAGAUCCAGCACAUCGAGGGGUCCUUCGACCAGGAGGCCGCGGCGGUGCUGAUGGCGCGCAUGGGCGUGUUCCGGGCCGAGUCGGAGGAGGGGCCCGACGUCCUGCGCUGGCUGGACCGGCAACUCAUCCGCCUGUGUCAGAAGUUCGGGCAAUUCAACAAGGACGACCCCAGCUCCUUCCGCCUGUCCGAAUCCCUCUCGCUGUAUCCCCAGUUCAUGUUCCACUUGCGGAGGUCGCCGUUCCUCCAGGUGUUCAACAACAGCCCGGACGAAUCCUCGUAUUACAGACACCAUUUUGUGAGGCAGGACCUGACGCAGUCGCUCAUCAUGAUCCAGCCCAUUCUGUACUCCUACUCCUUCUACGGCCCCCCCGAGCCGGUCCUCCUGGACAGCAGCAGUAUCCUCCCUGAUCGCAUCCUGCUGAUGGACACCUUCUUCCAGCUGGUCAUCUUCCACGGCGAGACCAUCGCCCAGUGGCGCAAGGCGCGGUACCAGGACAUGGCGGAGUACGAGAACUUCAAGCAGCUGCUGCAAGCCCCGCUGGACGACGCUCAGGAGAUCCUGCAGACGCGCCACCCCAUGCCCCGCUACAUCGACACCGAGCACGGCGGCUCGCAAGCCCGCUUCCUGCUGUCCAAAGUCAACCCGUCGCAGACCCACAACAACCUGUACGCCUGGGGCCAGGAAACCGGAGCCCCGAUCCUCACAGAUGACGUCAGUCUACAGGUGUUCAUGGAUCAUCUGAAAAAGCUGGCUGUGUCGAGUGCGGCCUAAAUCUCAGGCCCAGGGCCAUGAUGGAGGACAAGACUUCAAAUUUACCAUUUUAACAUUUCAAAUCCAUAACGUACCUUCCGAAGGGUUACAAAAACUGUUGGAUCAUAUUUAACCUGUAACUUCCCCCCCCUCCCCUAAAGACACACGGUACCUUAAUCUAGCUGUUUUGGCUAGUUUGGUUUUUAUCGUUUUUAAUAUUUACAUUCUCUCGUACCUGCUGAAUUUGUCUGACUUUAUAUGUCUGUCUUUUUGUUUUGUUUGUUUUUUUUGUUUUGUGAGCAGGCAAACGAGCUGCUGACGACACUUUAAGUAUAUUUUCUUUUCUGCUAGUCAACCUUGUAAAAAUAAUUAUGCUAUAAAAUGUUCUGAUAAAUGCAGAUCUGUUCUUUAUAGUCAUACUACUGCUGAGAAUGAAGAACCAUUAAAAGCUAACACGUCGAUGAAGAACAUUAGCGACUCGAGCAAUGCUUCAUGGAGCCAUGGCUGCAGCAUUUUGUGCCCAGAACCGCAUCGUAUUGUAAAACCUUUGCGACGGUCGACAUUUGCAUUUUUGUACAUUCCAAGACAUUUCACUGUUGCACUCCUGACUUCUGAUGCAUUUGUUUAUACUGUAAUAUGUAUUCCUACAUUAAAUUUUAAUUCUUCCUUAAACAAA